UACCGUCUCGAGAACGAUGCAUCCAUAUCACUGACAACAUCCAACAAUGUCAGUGUCCAUGGUUCGCGUCGCCUCCGUUAGACCCGUACAUCUGCGGUCAGUGCGGACACGGAAUUCAUGCCCAUGUCGACUAUGUUUCGAUGGUCGUGAAUCAUUACCCCCCGACUCAGUGUGCCGCGUAUGUUCAAAAGACGCCUCUUGCACAACGUUGCACGUGUGAAGCUCAGCUUUGCGAUCACGUCGUUAUCGAUAACCCGUUUCGUCAUGUGGAUCCGUCGAGCGUGUUGGACAAUUUCCCGGGAAAUAUCGACACUUUUCAUAGUGUCGACGCGAUCAGCUUUUCCAACGACAUCGUCAACAGUACAUUCACGCCGUUCGUCAAUUCUAAUGCCAAUACCGACACCUUUUCUCGCGACGCGAACCUCGCCCCGAUCACUGCUGCGCCUAUUUUCUCCCCUAGCCCUAACAAUAAUGCCGGCAACAUCCCGUUUGCUCCAUACAUGCCCUCUCCUUCGGCCAGCCACACCCCAUCCGGUAUUCAAUCGGAUGUCACUCAGGCCGAAGGUUAUAACCCAGACCAUUACUUCGUCCAAUACCCAGGCUAUUCCAUGAACAGUCCCUAUGCUUAUCAGCCGGACGGCGGUGCGACGGGCGAGAAUUUUGGUUAUAGUAUCAUUCACCAAACACUGAGGCUGGUUCGGACCCAUAUGUCUAGUCCAUGACCACGACAGCUUCCUAGAUUUUUCUUUCAUGCUUCGAACCUUCGGCGUUCCCACUCGCAGUCCAUGUAUCCAUCCCUCAGGCUUUCCUAUCUGUUCAUCGAAGACCAUCCAAGACAAUAUCAAAAAAAUUGUUUGCGCGGUAUUUCUCAUUCCUACUACUUUCUUACGCUUCAACCCUUCCUUUACCUAUCGUCACCCCACCGUUGCUGUUGCUUAAAUUCCUUAGUUUGUUGAUUGCUGUCUCUAGUUGCUAUCUUUCUUUUCGUUCU